ACGCGUGCGCGCGCGUUUGUUCGUCCGUUCACACCAUAUCCGUGCUUUUUUUUCAACUCGAAUGCGACGAAAAGAGCCGUCGUGGGAGCUCGCUUUGGAGUCUUUAGUUUUCACGCAAAUUCACGAAACUGUUCCGAUAGUGCGUCUGUGUGUCGGUGUGGGUGUGAUUCGCGUCCGUUAUCUCUUUCUGUGAGUAUCCUGGUAGUGCACGCUCCACAGGAUCUGGUUGUGGCAGUGCAGAAGAGGCGGAAGACCAGCGGUAAACGUUGGCCUAGUGGCCCAAGGGGCGUUGUGUGUGCCCUGAACCGACCACCGUUUCCAGUGACCUGCGACCGAUAAUACCUACUGUCGCCGAAAGGGGAGCGAGUUUAAUCGAUUUGAAUUGUGCAAAAAGAAAUCCUUGCUGCUGCUGGUGCUGCUACUGUGUCCUGCCUGUUGGUGUAUACAGUUGUGUGCGUUGGUGUCCUUGCAUUUGUGUGCGUAGCUAGUGGGUGUGUGCGAAAAGUCGAGAGAAAAACGCGAAUCUCCGAAAACCCCGAGCCAGCGGUGGCUGGCAGUGGCUGGCAUAAUCAAAUUCUGCUGAUAGUCCUGCUACCCGAGCAGCAAAGUUGGCCGUUGUUUUGUGAGAUGUAUUGCGAGAUGAGUUGGUGAGAGCAGAGCAAACCGAGUAGUAGUAGCACACGGCACGGAGAGCCCACGAUGCUCGCUCGUCUGAGCAGCGAGUGAUAACAACAGUGUCACAGCCAGCGGUGAAACAAUAUCAGUGAAGACUGAAGACAGAGCCUGACGCUGAUGCUUCACGUGCGGUUCACUGCGACAACCAGCAGCAGCACUGCGGAGGAGCAACGGCAUCAGCAUCCAAGGACGACGCACGUCUCUAGUAGAGCUUCUAGAGAGCAUAAGUAAGGAUCACCCCCUUCUCGAUUUCAGCGCGCAAAAUAUGAAGAUCAACGCAACCAAGAUGGCCACACCGAUCGAAGAGAAAGUUGAUCAGAACCUGAAGACGCGCACCGGGAUGGUGAUGAUAAGCGAUGGCAAAAGUAAACCGGAGCUCGCCCGCCUCCACCUGUCGAUGGAGAUGAUCACGAUCCAGCGGCAGGACACGAGCACACCCGCACCAACGCCGACCAAUGCGACGCAUCCACCGAUUGAAUCGAAGGAACGUAUGGUGCAGAUCACCCGGCAGAAGGUGGGUGGACUGGGCCUGAGCAUAAAGGGAGGCGCCGAGCAUAAGCUGCCGAUACUGAUCUCGCGCAUCUACAAGGACCAGGCGGCCGACGCAACAGGUCAGCUCUUCGUUGGCGAUGCCAUCAUCAAGGUGAAUGGCGAAUACAUUACGGCCUGUCCGCAUGACGACGCGGUCAACAUCCUGCGGAACGCAGGCGACAUCGUCGUGCUGACGGUGAAGCACUACCGAGCGGCGACACCAUUCCUGCAAAAACAAUUGAGCCGCGAAACUCCGGAAUCGGACAACGAUGCAACGUGCGCGGAGCUGAAGGCGGACGAAAACUGGAAAUCGGUCAACAGCAGCCGCCCGGUGUCCAUCAGCUCGGAACCGGAAAAUCGAUGGAUCGACCUAGUGUCCGUACCACUGAUGAUGGCGUACGUUACGCGGUACAUCUACGGUACGGACAAGCUGCGGCCGAAUGCGUUCGAAGUGCGAGGACUCAACGGUACCACGACCGGGAUCAUCCACUGUGACGAUCUGGCCAUCCUGAGCCAGUGGCUCAAGUACAUCACCGACAAUGUGGUCGGUUUGACCAAUCUGCAGAUGAAGCUGUUCAACCGCAACUUCCCAGUCGGCGAGCGGAUCGAGUAUAUGGGUUGGGUGAACGAGGGCGUCAUCAACAACCACAUCUCGUGGCAAAGCUACAAACCGCGCUUCCUGGUGCUCAAGGGUACGGAGGUGAUGCUGUUCGAUUCGCCGCCCCUCAACGUGACCGGGCUGACGAAGGCAACCGUCGCCUACAAGGUCUACCAGACGAUGUUCCGCGUGGUGAAGGAAUCGGAAACGGUCGAUUGCCGGCAGCACUGCUUCCUGCUGCAGAGCUCCGGCCACGAGCCGCGCUACCUGAGCGUCGAGACGCGCCAGGAGUUGCUGCGCAUCGAGAACAGCUGGAAUGCGGCGAUCGUGACGAGCGUCAUCAAGCUGGGCCGAAAAACGUUCGCCGUGUCACACCACGGUAAGACCGGUGGACUGACACUCGACUGGCAGGCUGGCUUCUCGCUGACCGAGGGUGCCGAUGCGGCCAUCAUCUGGCAGUACAAGUUCUCGCAGCUCCGCGGCUCCAGCGAUGACGGCAAGUCUAAGUUGAAGCUCCACUUCCAGGACCACGAGACGCGCACGAUCGAAACGAAGGAGCUCGAGUGUCAUGUGCUGCAAAGUUUACUGUUCUGCAUGCAUGCCUUUCUGACGGCCAAAGUCGCUUCCGUUGAUCCCACCUUUCUGAGCUCGAUCCAGCAAGCCUAGACGGCGGUAGGCUGCCCCAUCCCUGCGGCCAUGGCCACGCCGCGAACCGGCUGCUACAGAAGGUAAGCGCCUCGGAUGGCACGUGGACGCAAAGCGAGAACUAAAGACUAGGUGGCAUAGAGAGAGAGAGAGAGCUUAAAAUGGUUCAGCAAAGAACUGACGAUACGAUAAGGAGUUCUGUGGAUUGCGCAGCACCUGCGAGAGGACAACGCGCGAUACGACGCGCGAUACGACGCGAGACACAGUGACGGUGUGCAGAAGAACACUGAACUGGCCUGAAAUCAUGGUCAGUUCUGCGUAGUUUGGUUUGUCUUGAUUUAGCAAGACGCAUUAAUUGGUAUCCAGAGAGAGAGAGAGAAGCGGUAUUUGACGCUCUGAUAACAGGGUUCCCGGUGUUCGCGUUACCAAGAUUCCAGGAUUCACUGCACCUGGAGACAGAGACGACACUAAGGCACUCAUGUGUUCAGAACGCGGCAAUUAGACAUAAGAAAGCAGCUUAAAGAAUAGGUUUCAUUCGUUGGGAUCGUUGGCGCUAGGACAACUGGACAUUCGGACGCACAAUUGGACUGGCAAGUGUAUCGCGCAUUAAUUCAGAAAUGGGAACAGAAUCCUUCAGUCUCCAUACUGUAUGCAAAACUGCAACGAAAGGUUACUUACUUUGUUGAAACAUUCGAUUGUAGCGCCUCGAUAAAAUGGCUGCCAAGAGAAGUCGACAUUGUAGAGGGUCAUCCCCACAUUGUGAUUCGAUGCUAAUGUGGUCCAUGGCCUCGGCACUUGUCCUUCGAAAGGUUCUCCGAGAGCUCCGGCCCACUACCGGCCACUGAUUGAUGACGGUCAUUUGAAUUUUACCCAUUGAGCCGGCAACGUGACACCUGUGGUCCGAUAAGGGAGCCAGCGACGACCGAGCAUGGAUUGCUAUGCUUUCUGAUUUAAAGCAGGUGAAACCAAUGGCUCAUGGCACGCUACGUUGCACGCUUCAAGGCAUGGGAGAGCAAAACAAACCCGCCAUGCCCCCGAUGCCUGGACGGACUUUGAUUAAGGUUCUGCUGUUGGAUUUGUUAGAUUAUAUUGGUCACCCGAUAAGCCCAUUUAUUUGCGAUGGGGUGGGAGACCUGAUGGUCAUGCAAACCUUCGAUACCUGGUGGCAUUGACUUCCACGCUAAUAAAUCCGGAAAAGUUGAUUUGUCGCUGCAGGUCCGACUACGAAGAGGAGGACAAAUCCGAUUAUGCCCAGCUCCAGUGUCCUCCGGGGGCCCUGUUUGUUCCGGGGAGAGGACCUUUGGGGAUCGAUUGAAAAUUGAAUUAAAGCACAAAAUCACACGAACACACUCGGUUGAAUGUGGAUGUCCAGUUUGAAUUGCGAUAAUAAUGAGCUAAUUUGCAUUAAAAUCUGAGAAUCCAAAUGGGAAACGGCGCAGAGCUGCUACAGACACAGGGAGAGGAAGCAAACGCAUGGCUCUGUUUUGCGUUGGGAAGGAACUAAUAAGUAGCCUAAUGGAAAAGCACUCUCACGCAUACACAUGGCCCCGUACACGCACGCAAUUAAUACCCUCCACCCACCCGGCAAAUGGCACCACAUAGCAUAGCUAAUUAGAAUGUAGGAGAGCACGGCCGGGGGCGAGAGAAGGAAGGAUAGAGCGAGAGAUAUAUACACACCCACCAAAAAGGCGUUAAAGGGGCGAGCCGAGACAGAACUCGCAACGGCUGCGUGGUCCAGGAACUUUAAACCAAACUACGAAUAAAAAUUUAGCACAAUGUAGUGGACCGAGCACAGAUACCGAGUCGUCGGCGUAAGGUAACAAUUUAAACUUCGGUAGAUAGUAUCUUUGCCCCCUCUUUGGAGGUCCUUGAAAAUGAGGACUCUUCAGCCUGUUGCCACAGUAUCUAGUGGACAAAAGCCCCGUGUAAAGAAUGUGAUCCUCUGCAAAAGAAAACAAAAAUUACACCGAAUAUCCUCUCUGCUCUCCUACUUUCCUCUCCAUAUCUGCUUAUCAGUAUCUCCGCUUAUAUCAAAACACCGCGUACCACGGUACCGCGCGAGUAAUCCAAGCAAACCAAGCUCUAAAUAGACUUUUAUCUGUUAGGUGGAAAUGAUGAUGGAACAAAACAGUAAUCAAAAUGUAAUAGUAAAACACAGAAAAAAACAGACAUACACCCAACCAAAGCGAAAAGCAACAGAUGUUCAACAGAAAAAGAAAAAAAGCAUUACAGUAACCCAAUAGCGCCCAGUAACUCCCUGAAGUGCGCCAUUCAUGACAAGGCGCAUGCUACGUACAUUACCCAACGGCACUGACGACUGCCUGCAAGCUAUAUAUUGGAAGCACAGUGUAGCGCAGCGCAGCCUAAAAAGGAUGAUUGGCUGGCGGAGAGAUUGCAGAAACACACGCAGAGAUUGCAGAAACACACGCAGAGAUUGAGUGCAGAACGCAAACCAGACCAGAUAAAUUCCGAACCGAACCGAAAACAAACAAAAAACCGUGAGUCCUCGCGCGCAUGAGUAGAUUGGCUGGCUUUUCUUCUUCUUCUUCUGGCAUGAAAUACCAUGUUCCGUUGUUGCGCUCUUUUGUUACCUGUGUUUACCACAAGUUCUUAGACCGUUUGAUAGUUUACUCACCGUUUGCUAAGCGCUUUUUGCGUUGGUUUUAUUCUCCAUGAAAAUUUCUUUCUGGCUCACCAUUAGUUUACAUUAGUCCCUCUUUCCUUUUUUCUAUUGUUCGAUAUUUUUUCUCUCGAUUUUCUAGAUUUAAAACCAAUCUUCCCUUGCAUCACUCGCGAGGGUGAAGGGAAAGCUCAACGUUCUUUGUUCUUUGGGAGCAAACUCGCGUACAGGACACAGACUCCAGCGCAGGAGUGCACUUUAUCGUCUUCCCUUUGCCUUCUGUCUCUCUCUGCCUUUCUCUCUAUCUUUAUCUGAUCCGCUUUAAAUUACCCUUUUCGGUGCACUACAGCCGACAGCGAAGCGUUUGUUGUACUCUAAAAACAGAAAAGAAAAAGCGAACCGAUGCGAUACAAUUAUAUUUAUGUGUCUUAAUCCGCAAGCAUAGCAGCAUAUCACAAGUUUUUUAUGGCGCCAAAAGCAAGCUAGAAGGAGCGCGUAGGAGCGACGAGGAGAAGGAGAGCAGGAUUAAUGGAAAGCAAUGUCUUUGCGUGCCACUUAUUUAAACGUAGCUCUGUUGUUAUUGUAGUAUUCGAUGAUAAGGAAAAGGUUUUAUAUUUUCUCGAAACUCGAAAACCAUCUUUACCCCAAUACCGUUGAUCUGUUAAUGCUGUGAGAGAUUUGUUGUUGCGUGCAUAUGCGUUCUAAUCAUUUAUCAGGAGGUGGGAGGUGAGCAAGUGAUAAAGCAAAAUGAUCUGGAUGAAGAUGGUGAUGAUGGCUUCCUUAGCGAAUCGGUUACAAUCAGUUUCGGUGGCUUCCAGCGUGAAUCUCAUUCGUUUCGCCUUUUUAAACCAUCUACUACUUACCUUAACGAAUGCUUCCUAACGUUUCCCGGGUCAAUCCGUCUCCGGACCGGACUUAAGCACAUUCUGAGAGGUCUUUUCAGGAGAGAAGAUGAAGUAAUAGUAGCAGUAGAUGUAGCAGCAGCAGCCAUCACCACUUACUCUGACUAACCGUGUGAUCUUUUCGGUGAUGCAUUCUUCAUAAGAUCCCUACGGGGGAUGGGAAGCAAAUUAAAGAUUGAUCUUUUAAGUGGAGCAAACAAACAUAGAAACCAACAAAAUAUAUAUAUACACACAUUACAUAUAUGUAUAUUAUAUACUAAUAUUAGAUAUACACAUAUACAAACCAUAACUACACACAACUUACACAAAAAACACACAGUCAGUCAGUCUGUUAGUAAACCGCGUACGAUCACUAUUUAAGUGGAGAUCUCUCAUUUGUCUCCCGGUAGCAUACAAGCAUACGACGAGUAUAUUUACAUGCGAAGCACGAUCGAAGCACGGAUGGUGAUCGCUGUGGAGGGCUCCACAAGAUUUGUUCCCCAUUUUCAAAAUGCUUACUUCCUUCCGGUAGUACUUCCCCCUUCGUUCGACUCCACGCAUGAUCGUCUGGUUGAUGUGGUCCGUUUUGAUCCUUAUGAAAUCCUUAGAUCGCACGCUAAACCAAAUACACACAGAAACAUACACAUUCAUCGGCACAUUCUACUCGAAUGCACACUCGUCGGCCGCAAUUUACUAGGAAUGUUAAAAAUACAAAAAAAAACAAAAGAAAAAUCCAAACAUUUAAACUCAACCAUGCUCACGACUCUCUUGUUGCCGGAUUGGCUUAAUUUUCGGGAGGCAGAGAGAGGCCACUGGAACUGGAGGAUUACUGGGGGGAACCAAGAAAACGACAUUUGUGGGAUGGGGAGUGGGAUAAGCACUUAAGCAUAAGGGGCUUAGGGCUGCGCACGUGCUGCGGAUCGAUUUCAUUCGAAAAUUCUAAGUCAUUUUAAGGCCUGCGGAUUACAAAUUAAUGUUAAAUUUAGCUAGGUUAAUUGUAAUAUAUCUUUCCGGUGCGCUGACGGAGGUGCAGCUUUUUUGUUUGAGAAUGGGCGGUGAGGCGUUGUUGGGUUGGUGAAGCGAGGAGAUUGAUUGACGGCCCCGAUCGUUCCGUAGACGCAUAACUAAGUCGAUUAGUAGUGCCCAGCAGAAGAAGUAAUCGCCAAGCCACACGUGUACUCCCCGCCACACAUUAGACAAAACAAGAAAAAAAACCCCUAAGGAAAACCGACGCAGGGCAUAGGCCACGAUAAGUGCGCUAUUGCCGGAGGUCCAAAAGUGAAGGAGGACUUGACGGAGGGACACAAUGAUGCGGUGGUGCGGAGAAAGGAGAAAAAUCAAAAUUGAAAUAUAACGAACAAAUGGUCACCACUA